CGAUGAUAUUGUGUUGGACAAGAGACAUGUCCCUUCUACUGUCAGCUAGUGGACUUAACAGGUCGAAAAUGCAGAGUGCAGUAAAGUAGAUUCAGCUGGCGUCUGUUCGUUGUCUCUGUUGUAGCUCAGGCAAGUCAUACAUGCUAAAGUAAAAAUGGCUUCAUUAGUGGCCUAUGAGGAUUCUGAUGCGGAUGAUGAGUCUUUGGAUCAGGAGGAACAGGGAGGAUCGGCUUCUGUCAAAAGUUCCUUUGAAGAAAGUGGAGGGGCUCGACAUAACCGAGAAUCUGGUGUGUGUAAUUCUCAUAGGAUAACGCCCAUUCCUCACUCGAACUCACCUGACACUGACAGGACCGUUCUGGACUGUCAUGGAAAUACCUCUGCUGAUACUUGUCAGGCCACAUUAGCAACAGAAAGAACCGGGUCCUCACUUCAGUUCCCUAUACAGCCGCAGAGACAUUUUGACAGGGAAAGACAAUAUUUCAGUGGUCGGACAGGGCAAGAUGAGCCUUUUAGACAAACUGCUGCUGCUCUGGGCUCGCCCGGCACCCUAGAGAAGAUCACAGCACGACAGAACUGUCCUCACAUGCCUCAAAACUAUGGCACUGGGUCAAACACAGCGAAAAGACACCAGACAGCUCCAUCUGGUAUCCGCCCGUACAUUCCUAAGAGACAGAGACUCGCCACUCCGGUCGAGAAAGUGGACCUGAAGCUCUCAGUGGAGCAGGUCUCAGUGGAUCAGACCAGAGUGAGCCAAAUGCUGUCAGAUGUGUCUGAGAGAGUGAGGCCGUAUCUUGUUAACAAGCCUGGCAAGGCGGAGAUACCAAGGAGGCUCCUGAUGAGGCUUGCAGGUCACCAGGGCCCAGUCAACACAGUCCAGUGGUGUCCAGCACCUCAUCUCAGUCAUCUACUGCUGUCUGCCUCCAUGGACAAGACCAUCAAGGUGUGGGACGGAGCGGAGAGCGGCCGAUGCCUGAAGGUUUACCCCUGUCACACAGGAGCAGUUCGAGAUGCCUGUUGGACCCCCUGUGGGCGACACGUCCUCACUGGUUCCUUUGACAACACUGCUGUGGUAACAGAUGUGCAGACAGGGCAGCAGAUAGUGAAGGUGGACGCCCAGUUCAAAGUGAUGUGUGUUGCGUUCCAACCCAGCGACCAAGAGGUGUUCCUGUGCGGAGGUUACAGUCCAGUGGUCAAGGCCUGGGACUCUCGCAUCGGCAAGGCAGUUAAAAUCUACAAAGCAGGGAUCCAGCAGACCUUGGACAUUCUCUUCCUGAGGGGUGGUGCGGAGUUUAUAACAAGCACCGACUCUGUAAGCAGGGAUUCUGCUGAACGCACCCUCAUCGCCUGGGACUACCAGACCACCGCCAAGGUCUCCAACCAGAUUUACCAUGAGCGGUACACGUGCCCCAGCCUGGCUCUUCACCCAGUGGAGGAGUCCUUUGUUGCACAGACCAAUGGGAACUACAUGGCAGUGUUCUCCUCCCAGCAGCCCUAUAGGAUGAACAAGAGGCGGCGGUAUGAAGGACACAAGGUGGAAGGAUACGCAGUGCAGUGUGAAUUUUCUCUGGACGGGACUAUACUGGCCUCAGGGAGCUCCACCGGCUCUGCGCACUUCUACGACUACCACAACGCUCGUAUGCUGCACACUCUCCAAGCCCACAGCGAGCCCUGCCUGUGUGUGUCCCAGCAUCCCGUUCUGCCUGCAACUGUGGCCACUUGUGACUGGGGUGGCGAGAUCAAGGUCUGGCACUGAUGACUGUGAAUGGACAAAUAAAUACGGACUAACAAGCGAAGAGAGGUAUCAGCUUUGCUGAGAGAAUUAGAUGGACUGCUGUAAAUUAGACCGAAACACUCACACUUACUGGCGCUCCCAUCUUUGGGGACUUUCUCUCCCACUUGUCAUAAAUCUGUAAAGUCUUGGCCAAAAAUGCUGGCAGACUGUAAAUCUCCUGAAGCAUUUGAACAACAUUUUUUCCACAGUAUACGUUGCUGUGCAUUGAAAUCAUUCGAAACCCACUCACACUUACAUUUCUUUCCCUUUUUCAUCAAUAAAUAUUUACAGAUGGAGGCAUGAGGACAACAUAACAAAGACGUUAUUGUGUGAAUUUUACUUUAAGUAUGUUACAGUUGCCUUGUCUUGCUUUGUUUUGACAUUCUGUAAUCCUUGUGGGUGAGAUGCAGUCGGGGCAUGUUACAUUGAAACAGAUCAAAAGAACUUUCUUCAUAAUUAACAUUUCAAAGUAUACAACGUUGUUGUGGAUUUUAUCUUCUAAAGUGGUAAGCGGUAGGCAGGUUGUCUUGGCAGCUGCACACACACACACGCACAUGACCUCAUUGCUUUUAUAGUCUAUUUUACUCUCCAAAUACAGCAGGGACUGAUACGUUUUGUAUUUAUUUGGUCAUCAUCCUGCUCUGGAAGCUUAGUUUUUGUCAAACGCAAAAGAGUGUUUUAUCUUGUGACAUUUUUAAAACAAGGAUGCUUUGAAUCCCCUAUUUUGCAUUCACGCCUCUUUGCUUCAUGACUUUUUGUCCUUUCUUUUUCUAAUAUGACAUGUCCUAUCACGAUGACAGCUUGAAGUACAUCACAGAGAAACUAAAACUGCAUAACUUCUUAAAAAAACAAACAAAAAAUCUGUCAAAGUAAUGCCAAGUUGUUUCUAAAUUCUGCCUGUCAACAAGAGAGCAUUGCAGGGCAGAUAAAUGCCUGUGAUCAUUAAAACAUCUUAUUUAA